UAAGAAAUAGAAAAUUCACCCUUGUAGUUUUGACAACUAGGUCUGGACGAAGAAUUGAGACAAAAUCCUAAGCACGUCCAGAAGUAAAACGCCGUUGUUUUUAUUGUUCCACACUUGCGCAAUUGUUUUCAUUGUUCCAGCACGCUGCUGUUAAAUCGCAACUGUUUCCAUUGUUCCACCACCACUACCACCACCAGAAUGUCAUCAAACCCCCCUGAUGAACAUGCUCCGCGCUCCACGGACGGGGCAAACGCUUCGCCCGUAGGUAGAAGUAGUCGUGCGCCGGAUGAUGUCGCACAACACUCGUUGCCAACUUUGCUAGAAAAAGAGGAGCCAGCCGCGGCGAAAGGAUCUGCGACCGGUAUGGCCGCGCAGAGGAAGAUUUCCGGCACUUUGGAAAUCGCACUAGAAGGUAACGACUGCAACCACUUCUCGGCGGCUACCAUUACGGGCGGUUGGUUGGAGGCGACCGAUGGUACUCGUUUUGCUCUUUCGCCCGGUGGGAAAAUUUCGUCUGUGAUCGUGCCGUCUGAAAACGACAAGACGACUCGUGUAGUCGGUCUGGCCACGAGCCAGAAGGAAAAAGAGAACGAACCCGAGCCCACCCCACCAGAGAUCAUAGCGAGUGUGAACGAGAACAAACUCCUCCUGGGCGACGAAAACAAGAACUUCUACCCGGACGAGGAUGAGGACAAGAAGAAGGAUCACGAGAAAAAGAACAGCCGGGAGUUGGAGGGCCUGUUAUUCGAAGACUUCGACGGGCUGAGCUCAAUCGGGAAGAAUUCCCCCGGAGAUUGUGAGUUGGAGCUGGAUGGGGCGCCAGAAUUCGAGGAAAGCGAAAAGGUGGAAGAGAACAACAAGGUCAAGGAAAUGCAUACAGUGCGCGACGAGGCGAAGACGAAGCAGAUGAACGACCGGCACCAGAAGACCCCGGCCGCGGAGGUUGGAGCACAGGGAGCGGCCGAGUUGCUACCCUUCCCGAAGAAGCGCGAUUUUUUCGCCGGCGAACUGUUAGGGCAGCGCCUGCCCGACCCGACGUUCGCGGCGAUCGACUUCCACGCAAAUCCGCCAUCUCCGCCGGACACGCGCGAGCGGAGCUGCUUCGAUCAGAAGGCCGAAGACGAAAGAGAGGACAUCUUCCGGGCGGUCUGCAACGCGGUCGAGCGGCGCAACGGAAUGGGUAUGGACCCACGGCAGGGCCUCGGCCCACUGCGCGAGCGGUCAGCGAGCGCAGUGAUCACGGGGCGCGAUGCGUACACACGGACGGAGUGGGAUAUCCUUUGCCAAGAUGCCGCGCGCUCUUCUUCUUGUUCUUUUCUUUCGAAGCGCAGUCAGGUGGUCACGAUGGAAAAACAAAAAGCGCAACGAUCGAGCCGCAAGAAAUGAAGUGCAAAACUUGCAACGCUCGCUGUUAGAAACCACAAAAAUAAACUGCGUGGCCAAAUCUGAAACGAAAACAAAGAAUCACUUUUGAAGAACGAGCAGAAGUGCGCGCGGGUGUUUUUGCACCUCAUACAGAAAGAUGGACUGCUUUACGAAUGGCUGGAGGAUUAUCCACAAAAAAAAAGCCAUCCCCAUCCAAACUGUAGACUAUGUUGCUUUUUGUGCAUGUUUCGCGCCACUACUAGUGGUGCGAAACAUGCACAGAGUCCAGGAACUUGCCAUGCAAAAAACUCUUUGAUGGGCAUGGCUCUUUUCUUCUGGAUAAGUGUCAGAAAAAAAAGCCGAAGGGCGGCUAUUCCCGCCCGAGAGUCCCAAAGUGCUUCAGUCCGUUCAUAAGCAAGUUCGGCGAUGAGUACGUAUCUAGUGCAAAGGUAUCGCACUCGUAGCAAUUGCAGUUUGUUAUGAACAACGACAAGCGUUUUUUGUUUUUCUAAGGUCAAUCAGCACAACAAGUACAAAUUUGAAAUUUCAUUUUUCAUGCAGAGAAAAAAACUGUCAUGCAAUUCAUAAAACUCGCGCGAUGCUUUUGCAAUUCAUAGAACUUCGACUUGGAUGACUCGGAGGAUUUAUUGCACCUACAGUCCGAGAACGACUCAGAGCAUUCGCAGCUGGAUUUGGCCGACAAGAACAGGUAUUGUGUUAAAUUUCGCAUGCAGAAGCUGUUGUAGUUGAAGAUAGAAACUAAGCGCAAACUAACCGUCGAUGUGUAUUGACAAUCAUGCUUGAGGGACAUCCUCAACACUUAUACAGGUGUAUCAAAACCUGCUCAAUAUGGUCGCGUGGUGAAGCGGAAAGUGAUACUUUAGCACACAAUACCUCCGGGGGCAUCAUGGCAGGUGGUGCGAGUGUCCAUGCGGAAAUGAAGAAGGCUCGUGUACCGGGAUCCGAGUUUGCCUUUUCGUCCAAGGACAUCUUCACUGACCAGCAAAAUGGAAAUACAACCACGGAGACAAAAGCUAAAAUAUCGCCCUCUUCCCUGCGCCACAACAUUCUGCCGAGCGUUGAGGUUGACACGGGUGAUCUUGAGAUGGAGGACAAGUUUUCUACCAACUCGACGCGCGGCCACCGAAAUAACCCGAUCAACGCUGCCUCAUCUUCAUCUACCUCCACUUCUACUGCGGUAAAUUUCCUGAACAAAAAAGCAACGCCAGCUGCUGGUGCGGAUUCCGACCCUUCUUCUUCCGUGGACGACAGUUGGCUCGACGAGAAUGGGGAGAAGAUGUCUGUGGCGGCGUACUGGUACAAACGAAGUUCGAAGAAGGUGGCAGCCCGCGCACAGGCAAAAUUGGCGCAAAAGAAAUCGGGUAGCGGCGAGGACAAUGAGAAGAGCGAGCUGGUGGAGGAUCAGAAAGUCGAGGAGGACAGCGAGUGCGAGGAAGAGGAGGAAAACGACGGUGGAAGCAAGAUCGAGAACUGCUCUGGCGAGGAGAAAGGCGAGGAUCAAGACUCUGAUUUAUAGAUGGGCUCCUGGAAAAUUUUAUGCAAAAAUACUUUCACUUCUCCCUCAACGUCGACACCGUCGAAAAAGGCAUGGACAUCAUACGGAAGCCUUUGCUUUUGCAAAUUAAAGGAAACGCAUGAGCAAUCGAAGAUACGACAGCAGCGACAUCGGUAACCUAAAUACAAAUAGGAAGAGGCAUGCUCUGGACACAAAAUUACUUGUAUUUUUACAGCAUUGUCAUGAGCGUGAUGGUGAUGCUUCCAGCGAGCUGUAGGUUGCACUGAAAAAAAAGGGUUGAAACAGUAGAUGGAGAUGCAGAAAUAGUCUGCAUUGAUGCAAGUCGCGCGUCGAUGGGUGUCCGCGUGCUCGAGCGAGAAAAAGUUUUUCCAUUCGAUCUGCUCUUUUUAGGGUUUCGGAAUUUUCAAGAGAGCCCGGGAACCGGACGACGAGGACAUCAACGCAUACAACCUAAACCUAUUCGAGUGCUUCACUAAUAAACCAACUGGGAUUUCUUACAGAUGAGAACCAUUGAUGUGCUUACGUUUAGCGUGAAGAUGAACAAAUGAAAUCACACCGCCAUCCAAUGUGAACAUAGAUGAAGAGAAGGCUACGACGGUUCUCAUAAUAUGGGUUUUCGGUUGGCGGGUUCAUCAACUUUAUAAGAAAUAGAAAUAAAAACAUGCGAGGAUGCUAGUACUUGGCGAAAUAAUAUUAAUAGGAAAUUGUCGGAAUUGAAACUCCUGCAUUUGCUACACUGCUGACUCAAGGUUGCGCAAAUAGAAAUACGCAGCAAGAAGUGAUGUAGUUUCUAAUCGAUUUACGACGAGUGGUUUAUUGUUCCUUUUUCUUCGAUGAAAGCGAGCGACAUGAUUUUAUUCGACGGUGCUAACCAAGUCGAAAAUAUAAAGUGCGGCAGUAGAUCAUAACAACGCAAAUUUAGGCACUUAAUUUUUGGAAAUAAGAUAGAGACUACGACUACAGUUGUUGAGCAAGUUUCUUUUCUAGACGGCCUAGGACUUCGACUUCAUCUGUGUGGAAGCGGACUUCAUAUUGCGGAGUCUUCCACCAGUCUCAGCUGGAAAAAAUUGCUACAUUACAAGGUACAGUCCGGGUGUGUGAGUAUGUGUAUGAAAAUAUGCGAAACUCAUUUUUUUAAUUAUUUUUUUAGCGACUCAUAGGAUUGCGGCUGCGGUGAACACGUGACGUUGUCACAAAUUUCAAACAUUUGCAUCGAACGAACGUGUUGUGGCCUUUUGAUGGGAGGCCAUGCUCUACCUCUUUUUUUGUUCCUUUCAUCACUAGGCUUCGGCGUGAUCUAGCUGCACAUAUGGCUGUGGCUCAUGUUUUGAUUUAUUUUGGCAGCACUACCGAAACGAAAUCGCAAAGGAAAGACGGGAGAUGCUCACUCCGUCUGCACAUCACGAUUUACUCUUUCUAAACGUGGUUUUUUUCAGCUUGUUGGAGUUGUUCUUGUCUCCUCCUCCUGGAACUGAAGAAAGGAUUAUUUCACUAAUAGGUAGUGUCCUACUUGAUGAAGAUGUUGUCUAACAGACACACACGACAUUUCAAAUGAAGUAAGGCAAUUGAACUUUGCUGGGGGUACUACUAUAUGAAAAAGCUUCGGCUUGUUGAUCAUGAAACGCAAAGAAUUACAAGAACGAAGAACGGAGACUGGUGUAGGAGGUGCUGACUCUCGAGCCUAGAGAGACUACGACAGGCUUUCGAACCACCAGGGAGG